AUGCCAGCCGGCGCUGCAGCGGCAGCGCGGUGCAUUCCGUGUCGACUCUUCCGUCCGUCUUUGCUGCUGUUCUAUGCUUUCACACUCUUCUCAUCGCUCUGCGUUCUUCUCGCCUAUUCGCCCAGUCACUCAUUUCGCGUUGCCUCGGCUCUUCGCCACGUUCACUCGCCUAGCAUUGACUUCGAAACGUGUUUUCACUCUGUCGCGUACGGCAAUGCCGUGACAGCAGCCGGCCGGUUCGAUCAUACGACGACGACUAUGGAACAGAACAAACGACAUCCCAAGGCCGAGGAAGCAGCCGUACCCGCAUCUCGAUUCUGGUGCUCGUCGCCUCUUCUUCCUCCUCUCUGGCAACGGAACGUUCUGCGAGCGGCAAAGCAUCGCGUCAAACGUUGGUUGGAGACGGACGAUCGAAACUGCCAUUUCAUGGCGCCACUCGACUAUCGUAAAGCCUCAGGCGUCACUCAGCACAAUCCUCUCUUCGGCUGGGCUACCUAUCGGAAUCCACCUUCGCUAAAUUUCAUCGCCGGUCACCUCGUGUUCAAGUUGAGGUUCGUGAGGUGCGUGGUCAUCGUGACUGACACCGCGAUUCCGUUGCUUCUGUUUCUACUGCUUCUACUCGCUUUGCGUUUCGUAACGAUCGACGAGGCGUUCUUGCAGUAA